UUGCUUCGUUAAUGACAUUGAUCAUUUCCAUCUAAUAUAAUACCUCUCAAUCUCACUGCAUUUGUGUGUUCUGCCAGGAUUGCUGAUACCAAAUGCCUUAAAGAUCCUGUCUUUCACAUCCUAAUCUACAAAGGAAACAGGAAAAAGGAACUUAAACUCCCAGUGCUUAUACAGCAACGAGACAGUAGUAGACUAUAUUAUACACGGGCAAGAAGUAAAAAAAAAAAACUAAAAUAUUUUAGAGCAACAUUAAGACUCUAUACAAAGGGAAGAAUUAUUAUGUGAGGUGACCAAAAUCUAUGAACUGUUGUGGAAAUUGGAUGGAUAUAUUUUGGAAAGCAUGGAUUUUUUAGCAUAUUUUGUUCUUUUUAUUUGCAGACUCAUGAUUUCAGAUGGAGUUGAAGCUGUUCGAGAUCUCAUAAUUGUAAAUGUACUUCCUUUGGUGUCAAAUCCUGAAACAUCUCUCACUUGUAUAGCUCCUGACUGGAGUUCCCCAGAUUCUAUUACUCUAGUGAGAGAUUUUGAUGCCAUAUUAAACCAACACCAAGAUCCCCUGGAAGUAAUUCAAGAUGAUACAAGAAGAUCAGCAAAAAAGGUUGUGUGGAAAAAAGAAAAGGUUAAUGAGGCCAUUGGAGCCUAUUACUGUGAGUGGAAAACUAGGGACGGUGUCAUAAGAAUACGAACAAUGAAAAUGUCAGAGCAAGCUUCCUUCAUCCCUAACUCAUUGACUGUGACCAGAAGCAAAGGAGAAAAUGUAACACUUGGUUUUGUGAAAAAUAAUCCAACGGAAGAAGAUGUUGUAAUCUACAAAAAUAGGUCUUUCAUUCAUUCUAUACCAAAGCAUGAGGUACCUCCUUUACUAGAGAUUCCAGUAACAAAUGUUCAGCCAAAGGAUGCAGUUGUAUACUCAGUCAGGUAUAUUGGAGGAAAUCAUUUCAACACUGCUAUGACCAGACUACUUGUGAGAAGAUGUGAAGAUCAGAAGUGGGGACCGCAAUGCAACAACACCUGCCCUGUGUGCUACAAUGGUGGUAUCUGUCAUGAGGACACAGGAGAAUGCAUCUGUCCUCCUGGCUUUAUGGGAACAACUUGUGCAGCAGCAUGUGGUGAUAACAGAUUUGGCACAACUUGCAAAGAGAGUUGUGGAGAUAAAGAUGGCUGCAAGUACCACAUGUUCUGCCUAAUGGACCCAUAUGGCUGCUCUUGUGCAUCUGGCUGGAAAGGAUUCAUGUGUGAUAAAGAUUGCCCAGAUGGUUUCUAUGGACCAGACUGCAGAAUGAAAUGUAUGUGCAGCAGAGGAACCUGUGACAGAUUUAAGGGAUGUGUUUGUCCGGAAGGAUGGAAAGGCAUCCGCUGUGAAAACGAAGGUUCACCUGACAUGCCACCUCAAAUUUUGGAAAUGGAAGAGGCCCAAGAGUUGAAUUCUGGAACAGGCUUUGAACUAACAUGUAAAGUCAGUGGACAGCCACUUCCUGGAUCACAACAAAUACGACUGCUCAAACAAGAUGGUACAAUGUUUCAGGCUUCCUCGGUCAGUGACAGUGAUCAACACGCCCUUGCUCUGUUUAAGGUAGACAAAAUUCAGUCUAAAGAUUCAGGAAUUUGGAUAUAUAGUGUGAAGACCAAAGCAGGGAUGACUGAGAAGCAGGUCUAUAUUUCAGUUAAAGGGCCACCCCAGCCUCAGUUUGCUCCAAAGUUGAACAGCAGUGGACCAACUUAUCUUAAUAUUCAGAUCAAUGUUGAGUCAUACAAAGGAGAUGGACCCAUUGUAUCAACCACUCUGUUAUUCCAAUCAGCAAAAUCAGCAACAUGGCAGAGUCUAGAAGUACCAGUAAAUGACAAAAUUGUGAAACUUGAUCACUUGGAACCAAGGACUGAAUAUAAAGUAUGUGUCCAACUGAGACGAAAGGGAGUUGGUGGAACUGGCCACCCUGGACCAGAAGCAAUCUUCACAACUGAAGCACUUGGACUUCCACCACCUAAAAGUCUCACUUUGAUCCCAAAAAGUAAAUCAUCUCUAAACUUGACUUGGAACUCACACUCAUCACGGAACUCAGAGGAUGAAAAGGUAUUUGAGGUAGAAUAUGGUAAAGUUAAUAGUUCUGAAGCCCCUCACUAUAAGCAGGUCACAGGAAACAAAGCUGAAAUUAUCAUUGAUGGCUUGGAACCAAGAAUGCUAUACCAAAGCAGGGUCCGCGUGAACACUAAGUCACAAGGUGAAUGGAGUGAGACAGUGUCUGCGUGGACGUAUAGCGACAAACUACCACCACCACCAGGAAACGUUAAUAUCGUUAACGUCACUGAUUCGUCAGCCACUUUGUCCUGGUCAGUUGAAGAAGGACAUUCCAUCUCAUCUAUCACUAUACGUUAUAAAAUAUUUGGGAACACAGAGUACAAUCAUGACAUAAAGAUCAGAAAUAUCAGCAUUGUUCAGUACCAGCUUAAGGGAUUGGAAGCCAAUAGUCCAUACCUAGUGGAGAUAUGCGCAGAGAACAAUGUUGGGGAAAGCAUUCAAAAUCCUCUAAAAGACCUAAUGACGCGUCAAGAAACCAAAGGAUCAUCUGAGUCAAAGGAUGGAAAUAUGCUACUUAUUGCUAUCUUGGGAUCAGCAGGAAUGACCUGUCUGACUAUAUUACUGGCAUUUCUAAUCAUGCUGCAGCUGAAAAGAGCUAACUUUCAACACAGGAUGGUCCAGGCUUUCCAGAAUGGCGUGAGGGAAGAGCCAGUUGUACAGUUUAACUCAGGAACACUUAACCACCUAAAGAAAGCCAAGAACAGCCCAGAUCCCGUGGAGUAUCCUGUCUUGGAGUGGCAUGACAUUAAGUUUCAAGAUGUGAUUGGAGAAGGAAAUUUUGGACAAGUUCUUAAGGCCCGCAUAAAAAAGGAUGGUCUGAGAAUGGAUGCAGCCAUAAAAAGAAUGAAAGACUAUGCAUCUAAAGAUGAUCACAGAGAUUUUGCUGGGGAACUGGAAGUACUUUGCAAACUUGGAAGUCAUCCCAACAUUAUUAAUCUUCUUGGCGCUUGCGAACAUCGUGGGUACUUGUACUUGGCUAUAGAAUAUGCGCCACAUGGUAACCUACUAGACUUCCUGAGGAAAAGCAGAGUCCUGGAGACUGAUCCAGCAUUUGCCAUAGCAAACAGUACAGCUUCCACCUUAUCAUCACAGCAACUUCUACACUUUGCAGCUGAUGUGGCCAGAGGCAUGGACUACUUAAGCCAAAAACAGUUCAUACACAGAGAUUUAGCUGCAAGAAACAUUUUAGUUGGGGAAAAUUAUGUUGCAAAGAUUGCAGAUUUUGGUUUAUCAAGAGGACAAGAAGUUUAUGUAAAAAAGACAAUGGGAAGGCUUCCAGUUCGAUGGAUGGCAAUUGAAUCUUUGAACUACAGUGUGUAUACAUCAAACAGUGAUGUAUGGUCAUUUGGCGUAUUACUGUGGGAAAUUGUGAGCUUAGGUGGGACUCCAUAUUGUGGAAUGACCUGUGCAGAACUCUAUGAGAAGUUACCACAAGGUUACAGACUUGAAAAGCCACUUAACUGCGACGAUGAGGUGUAUGACCUUAUGUGUCAGUGUUGGCGGGAGAAAACAAAUGAAAGACCUUCUUUUGGGAAAAUUCUGGUGUCUCUUAACCGUAUGUUAGAAGAAAGAAAGACCUACGUCAAUACAACCCUUUAUGAAAAAUUCACCUACGCGGGCAUUGACUGUUCUGCUGAAGAAGCUGCAUAAGAACAAACAUGCUUCACUAAUUAAUCUUACAGCAAAGACAUACUUCAUUGUAAAAUGUCAAGUGAUGUUUGUGUGUAAUCUAUCUGUAGAAUACUUUUUUUUUUACACACAUCUAAAUGUUUAUACAACCUUGUAAAUACCAUGUUUCAUGAAUGAUGUAUUAACAAUUAAUGUUCUUAUAAUUUAGUAAUUGCUAAUAGCAAAUGUUUGUAUGAUUGUGAAAAUAGUCUGAAUGUUUUAAUUUGUGUCAUUGUUAUAAUUCAUCAAUGGCUGGCAAAACAAUUUACAAUGAACUGUUUAAUAUCCUUAAA